UAAACGCUUGCCUGUGAGGUCAGUGCGUCGAACUAGGGCAGACAAGACUAAUCAUACUAAAACAAACCAACGAUGAAUACGCUUUGUCGGACAUCAAGUGGCUAAGCAGCAAUCCAACCUUCGUCACAACAGUUCACGUCAAGAGCCGACUAGGCGUCACGUGUACGAUCAGCGCGUUCAAUCAGAACUGCACACAGUCUGCACUGUGCCUGUGUUCAGAAAGUAAUAUAGCGGAAAGCAGGCCCGGGAGUUGAAUACAGGAACAUAUAUCUUAUAUCACGGAAGUUUCUAGACUGCUGCAAUUCAAGAUGGCUACCAAAACGGUGCUGGCCCAAAUAAAACGAACUCUUUGUGAAGGACAUGCGCGAUAUUUGUGCAGAUCCCUCUCAGCUCGUGCUCAACAUAUGCGUUGCAUCAGCAGUAACGUUGUCAAACGACAUCAUCGUUGCAUUUCCACGACGUUGACCACUACUAUUGGCAAGGAGCCACACAUCGUAACAAGCCCUCAUCCUCCAGUGGACAUUCCGGAUCUACCUUUCGCUGAGUUUGUGAUGUCAAAGUACUCCGAGUUUGGGGAUCUCAAAGCUGUGAUGGACGCCACCAGCGGUCGGACGCUGACGUUCCGUGAGCUGAAGGAGUCCGUGUUCCGGCUGGGAAGCGGACUAGCCAGGCUGGGAGUCAGGAAAGGGGACAUGGUCUUGAUAUUCUCUACCAAUUGUCCCGAGUAUUUGAUCACAAUGGUGGCUUGCAGCGCAGUAGGAGUAGUCCUCACCACGUCCAACCCCGGAUAUACUACCAGUGAGCUGCAACGGCAACUGGAACACUCAAAAUCCAGCACAGUGAUCGUUCUGUCCGACUUCAUAACAACUGUAGAACAAGCUGUGAACUCCUCCGAAAUACUCCAGCAUUCUGUCAAGAACAUCAUAGUGAUCGGCCAGGCAUACGGAUACAGGUCGCUCGCCACACUGCUUGAAGACGAUGGCAAGGCUUUUCCCGAGAACGUGGACAUCUCCAGCAAUGACGUCAUGCUCAUCCCCUACUCCAGCGGCACUACCGGCCUGCCGAAGGGGGUCAUGCUGUCCCACAGGAACAUCAUCGCCAACACGCUUCAGAUAAACGGCACGAUGAGGAUGGAGCCAGGGAGGGACAGUUUGCUAGGGAUCCUGCCACUGUUCCACAUCUACGGCUUGGUUGUAUCCCAGAUCUGCUCCACCACCCAGGGCGCUGCCUACAUCACCAUGCCCAGGUUCAUAGCGCACGACUUCCUCACUGCCACCAAGCACAACCAGAUCACAUACCUACAUCUGGUGCCGCCGCUGGUCCUAUACCUGGCUAAAGACCCAAUAGUGACAGACUACAUCUCCAGCGUGCACACCAUCAUCAGCGGGGCGGCGCCGCUCGGCAAGGACUUGUGUGAACAGCUGAGAGACCGAACGUCUGCAAGUCUACGGCAAGCGUAUGGGCUAACUGAAACAUCCCCUGUGAUCUGCAUCGAUCAUGCGCCGGCCAAACUUGGUACAGUCGGACCGCUUGUACCAAACACAGAGGCAAAGGUUGUUGACGUCGCUAACGGGGACGACUUGUGCCGGGGAGAGACUGGAGAAAUACUUACCCGAGGGCCCCAAGUCAUGCUUGGUUACCUUGACAACCAGCAAGCCACGGAUGACAUGAUAAAGAACACCUGGCUACACACAGGCGAUAUUGGUCACUUUGACGAGGAUGGGAGACUGACAGUCACUGAUCGUAUGAAGGAGCUCAUCAAGUACAAAGGAUUUCAGGUGCCCCCUGCUGAGCUGGAGUCACUUCUACUCGCCCAUCCCGGGGUCAAGGACGCCGCGGUAAUGGGAAUUCCGGACGAAGAGGCCGGCGAGCUACCCAAGGCCUUCGUCGUUCUUCAACCCGGGCAGACCCUUUCCCCACAAGACAUAAUGGAGUUUGUUAAAGAAAAUGCGACAUCCUACAAACAACUGAGGGGCGGUGUGACAAUGGUUGACAGUAUACCAAAGACCCCGAGUGGUAAAAUAUUGAGGCGUCAGUUGAAGGAUAUGUGAGGCGUGACAUUAAUAAAUCGGGUCACGUGGUGCAGCUCGACACCGCCGUGGGUGACGACGGUGACAUCCGUAUCAGGGGAUACAGACUAAUAAAUCUCGCCAACAGUGAUACCCUUUCGAGCAUAAACCUGUUCUUAUAAGUCAGCUUAACCAGGCGAUGUUUCCCCUACAGCGACCUGACAAGACACUACCUCCGUGACAGUAGCACAGACUCACAAGGGUUGUGGCGCUAAAACCGCUUUUCAUCUAGAGUAAUAUGUACUAACGUUUUGCAGAUUGUUAUAUCUAUACUUAAAGCACACGCGAGUUCCCUCCCGUUUAAUGUGGAUUAUGAAAGGAUAUUUUGCACAGCUGUGAUCUGAUAUAAUACUUUGUGAAGUAGUACAAUGCGUUUAUACAUUGGACAUUAACUUUUUGAUAUCUACAGUGCAAUAAGGAUUGGAUUUGUACAUGUGCUCACUCAAGAUAAAUACAUUAUGUUUUCUGUGUGUCUAUUUACUCAAGAUAUGUUCUGACAGGAUGGGUUAUCGGGAUUUUAAUUAACAAAGUCCUGUUGAAGUAUCGUGGUUAAAAUAUUCAGCUGCUGUUGUCGUCAUUGUCAAAGGUCCAUGAGGGCUUAUGGGAAAUACAUGAUACGUUGUCAAUUUA